AGUUGACCAAGAACUGGAACAAGAUGGCAUCUGUGCUCCAAAAUGUCAAAGCAACAGUGGCGUGGAGGAAACACCGGCUCCUAGCUGACCUCAAUGAGGAUGAGAGCCCUGUGCCUGAUAAAUUCAAGAGAAGGGCCUCUCUGAGUUCUCUCAAUACCAUUCGCAUGUCUUUAAGGAAACGGGUACCAUUAAAGCCAGUCGAGUUGAAUUUUCGAGUUGAUAAAACCCCAACUAGGGAAAGUCUGGAACCAAGGCAGAGGUGCCAAACUCUUCAGACUAUUAAAAGAACAGCAAAAUAUGCUUUUGGAACAGUGUCCCAGAAAAUACAGAAGUCUUGCCAAAGCCCAGUUCGCUCAAUGGUGACCUGUCCAGCUGAAUCCAUCAGCAGAAGCUGUGCGACCAGUUCUACCAAAAAAAGAACUGCUACACCUCAAACACCUUGCUGUAAGAGUGUUACUCCAGCAGCCAGUUCCAAAGGCACUCCAAAGUCCUGCAAAAGGGCCUUGCUUGGGCCAACAAGGGUGUCAAAACAUAGAGAAUGGAGGGAUUUCUCAUCCUGGCUUGGUAAAAAUGGUUUCUCUCUCCGGAGAUCCAGAAGAGCAGCAGCACUGAAGAGCCCUUAUUCAUCUCCUGCUCCUUCCAGCAGAAAGAUAGAGUUUGACUGUGAGCUGGAAGUGGUCUCCUCAGGGAUUUGCCAGUUGAAGCGUAUCUCCCAAGCAUUUGAUGAUGCCAUUGUGAAAGAGGAGAGGCAACGAGCAAUAUCAAACUACUACUAUCUAAUGGCACGACAUUCACAGUCUGUACAUCGAUCCCUGAAACCAUCUCAAGCUAUUAAAAGGCAAGCUAAGAAACUCCAUCAAGCACUUGGUACCUAGACAGAGAUGGCUGUAACUAUUUUUUCAUGUUUCCAAGUUUAUAAGCAUAUAUAAGGGAGAGGUCUGAAUAGCACCUGAAAGGCUGCACUCUAUACACUUAC